AAACCGGAUUAGAUGUUGGUGGUCGGUUGGUGGAGUCAUUUCCUCGAUCGGUUCGUCCAUUGAUCUCAACUCCCCCGCGGCAAGAUUCCUGUCCCGGCGACUAGAAGCAAACCCUCGCCUCUCUUCUCGAUCUCACGGUCGAUCUCCGGUGAGCGAUCAUGGAGGCGUCCUCGUGGGACGCUCUUCGGAAACAGGCAAGGAAGCUUGAGGCUCAGUUGGAUGAACGGAUGACUUCUUAUCGAAGACUGGUUUCGUCAAACCCUGAUGGUUCAGUAGCAGAUUUGGAAUCUAGCAUUGAACAUUUACUGAAGCAACUUCAGCAAAUCAAUUUGCAAAUGCAAACUUGGGUAUCUUCUGGAGGUUCGCAGAUCAUUUCCCAUACAUUGACCAGACAUAAAGAAAUACUACAAGAUCUUUCUCAGGAAUUUUAUAGGCUUCGUUCUAGCCUUAGAGCAAAGCAAGAACGAUCAUCUCUUCUUCUAGAAUUCAGAGAUUAUGAUAGGGAAAAAGCAGACAUUGAAGGUGGUGCUGAUUCUGCUGAGCACGCUUUACUUAAAGAACAAGCAGCUAUAAGCAGAAAUUCAGGACAGAUGGAUAAUGUAAUAUCUCAAGCCCAAGCUACUCUAGGAGCACUUGUUCUUCAGCGUUCUACAUUUGGCGGCAUCACCACAAAGAUCAGCAAUGUCAGCAGCAGACUUCCUACGGUAAAUCAUAUUCUUUCUUCAAUUAAAAGGAAAAAGUCAAUGGACACCAUAAUCCUCUCCUUUGUAGCUUCUGUUUGUACAUUUCUCAUGUUGAUUUACUGGUUAUCAAAGUGAAAAUAGCCAUCAGGAAAUCAAGCCUGUCAAAGAUCUCCAGUAUGUAGUUGCAUAUUGUUAAGAGAACAAACACUGGUUUAUGUACCUUGUGCUUUGCUAUAUAAAGUCUUCAUUUCCUCAUUAAA